CUACCUAGGGAGUAUAUAAUUAAGUUAUCACAACUUCUACGUGCUUCAUCCUUCCCUCAAAGAUCACAUAGAACCAUUCAAAAAUAUAGUUACAUUUCCCCGGAUUGAAGACGUCUUCAUUCUCAUAUCUGUUUAAUAUACACCGUCAUGGCCGACAGCGAAAUCUCGCCAGACACCAUACUAUCGGAGCUCUCCACGACUCCAUAUGCCUGCUCAUCUGUCGAGCAAUUAAGCGGUGGGACCGCCAACUUCGUCUUUCGUGGCACUCUGCUUCGUUCACGUCCAGAUGGAACCACAACGGUCGUCAUCAAACAUACGGAGGACUAUAUAGCAUCAAAUCGAGAAUUCAAAUUAUCUGCCCAACGCUGUCUCAUCGAAAAAUCCAUUUUAACAUCACUUAAUAACUUCCCUAGCUCAAAAAUAACGAACGAUGAAGACACAGCCAGUCAAUUCACAGCAAAAACACCCCUUAUAUACUCUUUCAACCCGCUCACUCACACCCAAGUGAUGGAAGAUCUUCCUGAUUCGGUAGAUCUAAAAUCAUUUUUUGUCUCCACCAGCUCGGCUCGAACCGUGCCCCGUGAAUGGGCGGUGUCUCUUGGCCGGGCAUUGGGGCACUGGCUGAGUUCCUUUCAUUCAUGGGGCAAGGAGCCGGCACAGGCUGAUGUAGCUCGGGAAUUGGAGCAGAACCACUUCUUCCGGGAUUUGAAGUUCAGCAUAAACUAUGAUAGCUUGGUAAACAUGGUCAGCAAGUACCCUGAGAUCUUAGAGGGCAGCCGAGCCGUUUUCGAGAAGGUCAGGGAUAUGGCGAAGAGUGAGUCGGGAAGGAAAGAUGGAGAGGGAUUUGGAGUGAUCCAUGGGGAUUUCUGGCCGGGGAAUAUCAUACUUCCGAAAACUUCACUGGAUACACAGUACUUAAACACUCCCCUAUUCAUCAUUGACUGGGAACUUGCUCAGUGUGGCACUCGGGCUCUUGAUCUAGGCCAAAUGAUGGCUGAGUUGUACGAGCUAAAGCACUACAAAGAUAUCGAUUCUGGAGUGUGGAUGAUUCAGGGUAUCAUGCAAGCGUAUCCUGCUUUGAGUGAAGAAAUGGCAUUCCGGACCUUAAUCCACGUAGGGACCCAUUUGAUGUACUUCGGCAGUACGGUCCCUGGAUGGGGAACUGAAAGGCAGAUUGCUGAUGUUGUGAGGCUUGGGAGAGAUCUUAUUGUCAAAGCCUGGGAGAAAGAUAAGAAUUGGUUCAAAGGAGGGGUGUGGGAGUGUUUGUUCAAGGAAUAAGGGAACCCUAAAGUUUGCUAUAUCCUGCUUUAUAGUAAAGAUAGGAGCAUUAUGUAAACAAAAUCCUUUACUUACAACUUAGCUGUAGGAGGGAUAUGUCAGUCAAACCAUCCUACAGAUAGAUCAUUACUAUAUUCGCCCGCUAGGUGGUGAGUAGCCGGUUCCUGAACAGUGAAACAGUCCAUUUACCUGGAUACUUCCCCCACUCGCAACAGUGACCACUGCCGAGUUAAGGCCCAAAUUGACCAUUUAUAUCGAGCAGACUCGCGAACGGAGAGACACGUGCAG